AUGCUGAGGGCCGCCCGAUUAAGUUUGAGACCUGGCUCGAUGAUCUGCACCUGUUCCUCCAGCUCACUGCCAGAGAGGAUAUCUCGCUCUGCACUAGGCCGCCUCUCGCUUCCCUACCUGUUCCCCGACCUGUCCGCCUUCCAGACAGUCGCUGACCUCAUCACUCACCUCCGCACUAGUGAUGCCCGCUUCCGUGCAGCCAUGCCCGCUGAGUUUCUUGCCUCCAACCCUCCCCCGCUCUGGCUCACUCUCUACCACCUAGUCACCCGCCUCCCUGACACUCUGCGUACAGUCAGGGACCACUUCCUAGCUCGCUGCCCCACUGAGCUCACCAUUACCGCCCUAGAGAAGGAACUACUUGCAGUUGAGAAGAGUAUUGUAGCUGUAGGUACCUCUCGUGGCGACCCCCGCACCCCUUUCUUCGAGGGGUGUUCCCCCUCCCCCCUGCUCCCCUCUGUCGCCUCUGCUGCUGCUGUCGACCUCCUUGGUGCUGAGCAGGUCGGCUCUGCGUCCGCUCCCAGCGGGCGUCGCAGCGGCAAGGGCAGGGGAGGCAAGGGCGGUGGGGGUGACGGCGGGGGAGGCGGUGGUGGGGGUGGUGGCGGCGGUGGGGGUGGUGGCGGGGCUGGAGGGGCAGCGGUGGGAGUGGUGGAGGCAGCGGCGGCGGCGGUGGCCGGGGUGGGGGCGGUGGUGGUGGCGGCAGUGGACGUGGAGGCGGCAAGGGCGGUGGUGGUCGUGGUGGAGGCGGCGGUGGUGGUCGUGGAGGCUCUGGCACUGGCCAGAGCGCGCAGCACCCUCAGUCCUCCCAGGAGCUUCGUGAGUGUGGGCUGA